UCUCUGUGGGCAGUGCUGCACUCGUCGUCGUCAUCGUCAUCAUCGAAUAGUCGUCGUGAUUUGUCGUCGUAGUUGAUCGUUGCUUUCUAUAGACAUCAUGCCACCUUCGCCGAUGUUUCCGUUCGAUCGGUUUCGCGACUCCGCGAAUUAUCCUUGUCGCGUGUCGAUCGUGUCCGACCAGGCGUCACUAGAUUUGGCGCUUGCUCCCGCGAGGCAGCAGGAAGUGCCCGGGAGCAAGCACGACAACAAUCACGACUCCUGCAACAAUUCGCACAAAACGACGGCGGCGACGGCGACGGUGUUGACGUCCAAGAGCCUCGUUAAACGGAUCAAGCAACUGUUGCCUCAAGCCUUGUCCGCUUUUACAGUAUGGAUCAUAAUCGUGGAGAUCGGCAUCACGUGCGUCUGGUGCUCGCCCUACCUGGCCAAGCUCACCGCCAAGGACUCGCCUCUGCCGCUGAGCGAUCGCGAGGCCUCGUGGGUCGCCGCGGCCCUCUUCCUGGGCCAGCUUCUGGGCUCGGUGUCGGGCGCGGUGAGCGUCAAUUUCGGCGGCAGCAAGAGGACCUGCCUGAUCACGGCCCUGCCCAUGGCGCUGGGCUGGAUACUCGCCUACUUCGCCUACUCGCCCGGUUGGCUCUACGCCUCGAGAUUCAGCUCGGGGAUCGGCUCGGGUCUCGGCUUCAGCUGCUUCCCGCUGUACCUGGGCGAGGUGGCCGACCCCAAGGUCCGAGGCUCGCUCGUUUCGUUCGCCAUGAUGGGCGCACCGGUGGGCAAUCUUCUGGGCAGCAUCAUCGGCUCCAACAUGAGCCUGAAGAUGUCGAGCGUCGUCUUCCUGGCCCCCUGCGUGCUCCUGUUUCUCUUGCUCAGCGUCAUGCCCGACUCGCCUCAUCAUCUGGUGAAGCAGGGUAAAUUGGACGAGGCCAGAUGGGCCAUCGGUUGGUAUCGCGGCUGCGAGUCCGCCGUCGAGAAGGAGUUGGAGGAGACGAUCAUCUUCGUCAAGUCGACCGAGGCAAUUAGCUUCAAGGAAAAACUCGGCGAAUUCAGAUAUCGUCACAAUCAAAAGGCCACUAUCCUCGUGAUGUCGCUGUUCGUCUUCAUGCAGCUCUCCGGUCUCAACGACGUCCUCAGCUACAUGGAGAUCAUUCUCGUGCGCGGCAAAUUCGUCCUCUACAAGGCCUCGAGCGUCGUGUCGUACGCCGUCGCCGCAUCGGUCCUCACCGCUAUCUGCUGCAUCGGCCUGACCGACAGAUUUGGUCGUCGCCUUCUCCUAAUUGUCUCCUCCCUAGGCGUCGCCUUAUCUCUCAGCAUCCUCGGCACUCAUUUCUCGUUUCUCGAGGAAGCCGAGACAUACCCUGGCUCUCAACUACUACCCAUGAUCUCCGUGUUUCUGUUCAUCAUUUUCUUCACCGUCGGCCUCAGCUCCAUACCGAGCAUAGUCGCCAGCGAGGUCUACUCGGCCAACGUCAAGCCUCUGGCCACCUGCCUGGUGAAUCUCACCUCGUCCGCUGCGGCCCUCGUCGCCGCCAAGUCGUUUCAGCCGCUCGUCGAUCUGAUCGGCGAGGCCUGGGUGUUCUACGGCCACGUGCUCGUCACGCUGAUGGUCGUGCCGUUCGCCGUGCUCUUCAUGCCCGAGACCAAGGGCAAGUCGCUGCAACAGAUCCAAGAGGAUUUUCUGAAAAACCAAUAUCAAGUGUCGUAUUACGUAACCCCGGCAAUGGCUGUUUUCGCUGCCUUUUUUUUGUCUUUGUUUUUUUUUGCCCGUUGUUGUCGAACGUUCGUUUAUGUCUACAUUAUGACGCAUCCAGAAGCUAAUGAGCAACUCAAGAGCUUAUUCGCUUAUGGCGACGAGCGCGACGAAGGCAGCAACGGCACCAGUGUCAAAGAAGAAGCCACGACGUCGUCGGCAGCGCCAUUGCAGUGUAGAAUGUCAACGUCCAAGAGCAUCGUGGCCAGGGUGAGGCUUCUGUGUCCGCAAGUUUUGGCAGCCGUCGCAGUAUGGCUGAUAACGUUGGAAAUCGGCAUCAGCAUCGUGUGGUCGUCGCCGUAUCUGGCCCAGCUCAUGGAGCCGGACUCGCCGCUGCCGCUGAGCCCCAGCGAGGCGUCGUGGGUCGCGGCGCUGCUCUACCUCGGCCGUCUGAUCGGCUCGGUCACGGGCGCCGCCAGCGUCGAUCUGUUCGGCAGCAAGAAGUCGUGCCUGUUCAGCGCCCUGCCGAUCGCCGCCGGCUGGAUACUGACCUACGUGGCGACCUCAGCGGCAUGGCUCUACGCGGCGAGGAUCAGUCUCGGCCUGGGGUUCGGCUUCGGCUACGCCUGCUUCUCGCUGUAUCUCGGUGAAGUGUCGGAUCCGAAAAUCAGGGGUGCCCUCGUCUCGUUCGCCAUGACUGGCGCGUGCGUGGGCAAUUUUCUCGCCAGCGUCACCGGCUCCAACAUGAAUCUCCAGACGUCGAGCGUCACGUACUUCGUGCCCUGCGUCGUGCUCGUGAUCAUGCUGGCGAUCAUGCCGGACUCGCCCCAUCAUCUGGUCAAGCUGGGCAAGUUCGACGAGGCUAAGAAGGCGAUUGAGUGGUAUCGUGGCGGCGACCAGGUCGAGAAGGAGCUGGAAGAGGUCACCGAGUUCGUGAGGUCGACCGCUGCGGCGAGCUUCUGUCAGAACUUGGGUGAAUUUAAAGAGCGUCACGUUCAACGAGCCACGAUCCUUGUGAUGAUGCUGUUCGCUUACAUGCAGCUGUCCGGCCUGAACAACGUCUUUUUCUACAUGGAAACGAUUCUCAAAAACGGCCAAGUCGACAUGGUCAAGCCCUCCACCAUCGUAACCUACGCCCUCGGCACGGCAGUCGUCGCCUCGGUGCUCUACAUCGGCCUCUACGACAAAUUCGGUCGUCGGCUCCUGAUGAUCGUCUCGUCGCUGGGCGUCUCCGUCGCCCUGACUACCCUCGGCACGCACUUCAUUCUACAAUCGGCCGGCGUCCAGUGGACCGGAUCCCAGUGGCUGCCCGUCCUCUCCAUAUUCGGCUUCAUUGUUUUCUUCGUGCUCGGCCUCGGCUCGAUACCCUGCAUCGUCGCCAGCGAGGUCUACUCGGCCAACGUCAAGUCCGUCGCGACCUGCAUGUCGAAUCUGACCGCGGCAGCCACGGCGUUCGCUGCCUCCAAGGCCUAUCAGCCGCUGGUCGAUAUCUGGGGCGAGGGCCCGGUAUUUUAUCUGCACGCGGCAAUCACCCUGACGUCCGUCCCGUAUGCCCUGUAUUUCAUGCCCGAGACCAAGGGAAAAUCCCUGCAAGAGAUACAGAAUGACCUGAGGAAUUGAUGAUCGUUUUAUCGCUGUUUUUUGAAUGUUUUAGAGGAUGAAAUUAAUGCGUGCAAAGACUGUGAAAAAAAUUUAGUUUUUAGAAUUUUUAAUUAGGAGCUUUAUCGUGUAUAUGUGUUCAAUAGGACAUUAGUGAUGUAAGAGAGAAAAAAUAUAUUUUUUAUAAUUUAUACUUAGUUAGUUGAACCGACUUUUGUGAUUUUAUAUUAUACAAUGUAAGCGCUUAGAAUGAUAAUACCCGUAUCGAGCAAAAUAAGAAUAAUCAAUUUUUUGUAUAAUGGAUAUGUAAAAUAAUUUUCCGAAUAAAAAGAUCGUCCAACGUGA